AUGGCUGGUAGAGGUAGAGGAGUUAGAGGAACCAAUGAUCUCAUGGAGCGUAUGGCUAAAAUUUUGGAAACCUUGGCGCAUAACCAAGGUGGGGAGCCGACAGAAUACGUAGUGUUGUCUUCCUUCACUAGGCAUGAUCCUCCAAAGUUUGAGGGAGGAUUUGACCCUAAGGGAGCCCAGAGGUGGUUGGCUAGCAUGGAGAAGAUCUUCCACGCCAUGGGAUGCUGCGAGGAGCACAAGGUGAACUACGUCACCUACAUGUUGUGUGGGGAGGCAGAAGACUGGUGGAGGUUUACCAUUCAGACGAGGGUGGCUACAUUUAGAUCUGAGAAGCAGAAAGCCAAAAAGUUCCUCGAGCUAAAGCAAGAAAUCGUGACAGUGGGGGAGUAUGCAGCAAAAUUUCAAGAGCUGAUGAAGUACUGGCCUCACUAUCAAUAUGAGGAUGGAGAGGAGGACUUGUGUGCUCAGUUUGAGCAUGGACUGAGGCCAAACAUCUGA